AUGGGCAGGCGCUGUGGCACCCCGGCCCGGUGUGGCUUCCUGAGCUGCAAAGGGGCCAAACCCAGCAGCGUGGACCACGUGUUCCCCGAGGCGGGGGUGAGCCUGCUGGCGGCCUACGAGCAGUGGCGGGAGCGAGCGGACGGUGGGGCCUGCUGCGACUACUCCCUGCAUGUGGACAUCCCCCGCUGGCACGAGAGCACCAGGGAGGAGCUGGAGGCCCUGGUCAGGGACAAGGGUGUGAACUCCUUCCUGGUCUUCAUGGCAUACAAGGACAGGUACCAGUGCACGGACGGCCAGAUGUAUGAGAUCUUCAGUGUCAUCCGGGACCUGGGGGCCGUGGCCCAAGUGCACGCGGAGAACGGGGACAUCGUGGACGAGGAGCAGAAGCGGCUGCUGGAACUCGGUGUCACCGGUCCCGAGGGCCACGUGCUCAGCCGCCCCGAGGAGGUGGAAGCUGAGGCCGUGUACCGCGCCGUCACCAUCGCCAGGCAGGCCAGCUGCCCCCUGUAUGUCACCAAGGUCAUGAGCAAGCCCGCAGCCGACGUGAUCGCCCGGGCCAAGCGGCGAGGGGUGGUGGUGUUCGGGGAGCCCAUCACCGCCGGCCUGGGCGCGGACGGCUCGCACUACUGGAGCAAGAACUGGGCCAAGGCGGCCGCCUUCGUCACGUCGCCCCCCGUCAACCCAGACCCCAGCACCGCGGACCACCUCACCGCCCUGCUGUCCAGCGGGGACCUCCAGGUGACCGGCAGCGCCCACUGCACCUUCACCACCGCCCAGAAGGCCGUUGGCAGGGACAACUUCACGCUCAUCCCCGAGGGCACCAAUGGCGUGGAGGAGCGCAUGUCCGUCGUCUGGGAGAAGUGUGUGGCCUCAGGGCAGAUGGACGAGAACGAGUUCGUUGCCGUGACCAGUACGAACGCGGCCAAAAUCUUCAACUUUUACCCGAGGAAGGGGCGGGUGGCCGUGGGCUCUGACGCCGAUCUGGUCAUAUGGAACCCCCGGGCCACGAGAAUCAUCUCUGCCAAGAGCCACAACCUGAACGUGGAGUACAACAUCUUCGAGGGCUUGGAGUGCCGAGGAGCCCCGAGCGUGGUCAUCAGUCAGGGCCGGGUUGUGCUGGAGGACGGGGCCCUGUGCGUCACCCCCGGGACCGGACGCUUCAUCCCGCGCAAGACCUUCCCUGACUUUGUUUACAAGAGGAUAAAGGCCCGCAACCGGCUGGCGGAGAUCCAUGGUGUUCCCCGAGGCCUCUACGAUGGGCCGGUCCAUGAGGUGAUGGCACCCACCAAGCCAGGGGGUGGCGCCCAGGCCCGCGCAUCCUGCCCUGGGAAGAUCUCCAUGCCCCCCUUCCGCAACCUGCACCAGUCGGGGUUCAGCCUGUCCGGCUCGCAGGCCGACGACCACAUCGCGCGGCGCACGGCCCAGAAGAUCAUGGCGCCCCCCGGCGGCCGCUCCCACAUCACGUCGCUGUCCUAGGUGCUGCCGCGGGCGGCCGGCCCCGCGACCUUCCCUCCCUUCCUUGAACCCACUCUGUAAGGUGCUUGGCCUCCCCUUCCCCUUCCCAGAACCUCUCCCCUGGGGUCCCACGGCCUGUUACAGGGAGCCCCCGCAGGAGAGGCUGAAUGGGGCGGUUUCACUGCCAGGGCAGGCAGAGGGGCUGGGCGUGCUGGCCGGGGCAGCUCAGGGGGCCCUGAGCCCGGGGACCUCGGAAGGCAGGGACCUCCGGGAAUGCCCAGGACGGAAGGCGGGGGGCAUGGUGCCCUCGUCCCCGACUCGAGUCACCGCCCCGGGGAGACCCCGACUCAGCUGCCAUCCCGGCCCCGCCCAAGCUGCUGUGACUUCAGGGGCCCAGGGGAUGCCGUGUGGGGCAGCUGCACUUCUCAGACUUCCCAGGGACCAGACCCCCACGCCGUCCAUAGAGCCCUUCCUCCUCCAGGGGCCCCGGGGGCCCGGAGCUGAGUGCUUCCUUCUCCUACAACAUGUGUUCCCAGUAGUUGAUUAGAGAAGCCGUCCUGUGUGCUGAGGGCACUCUAGCCAGGAACCUGCAUGCCGCCCGCAGCCCAGCGGCCCCAGUCCCGUGGAACCGGGUUGAUUAAAGGCAUCUGGACUGGAA